AUGUCCGCAGCCGGCGCAGCGUUCCGGCGCUUUUUAAACAGCGAAACAGGGCCAAAAACCGUGCAUUUCUGGGCCCCCACGCUCAAAUGGGCUCUCGUGUUCGCAGGCAUCAGCGACGUCAGCCGCCCCGUCGACAAGCUCUCCGGCGUGCAGAACCUGUCGCUGCUCGCCACGGGCGUCAUCUGGACGCGCUGGUCGUUCGUGAUCAAGCCCAAGAACAUGCUCCUCGCGUCCGUCAACUUCUUCCUCGCCUGCACGGCGGGGUACCAGCUGACGCGUAUCUGCAACUACCGCCGCGCGCAGGGCGACACACCCGGCCAGGUGGCGAACUACGUGAUCAACGGCCCUCCGCCCACGCACCUUCCGUCGGAGCGGCAGCACGCGCUGACGCGCCAGCCGUCGCCAGCCACCUGA